AUGGCGAGGGGAAUGAGAAAGGGAAGGAGAGGGAUCAAGAGCGCGAGCACGGGAGGGGACGACGUCGAGAGAAGGAUAAGGGAGAUAGCAGGGAUGACAGGGGUGGUGACGAUGGUGGGGAUGGUGAGGAUGGUGGGAAUGGAGAGGGGGAGAAGGAGGAAAGAGGAGGGUGGAAGAGGGGAGAAGCAAGAAACAGAGGAGAGGCGAGGAGGAGGGGCAGGAGGAGGGGCAGGAGGAGGGGCAGGGAGCCCACCAUACGACAAGGACGAGAAAGUGCUGGCGUUUCAUGGGAAGCUGCUGUACGAGGCUAAGGUGCGUGAUGGGGGCAAAAGGACCUGUGUUGAAGCUGGAAAAGGACGAAAACGGCGACUGGUCUUUCGUGCAACCGCCACCCCUCUCUUUCUUUUCCCCCCUCUCCCUUUUUCCCGGCCGUGCCUCUGUGGGUUGCUGGUGGCACCACGGCAGGUGUUGAAGCUGGAAAAGGACGAAAACGGCGACUGGUCUUUCGUGCAACCGCCACCCCUCUCUUUCUUUUCCCCCCUCUCCCUUUUUCCCGGCCGUGCCUCUGUGGGUUGCUGGUGGCACCACGGCAG